AUGAUAGAGCAAUCCCUUUCAAAACCUUCAUUUUCAUUGUCAAUUCCUAUUCCUAAACCCCCUAAAUCCAAAUUGUCCUUUUUUUGCUACUAUUCAAAAAUUCGAUGUGAAGCAAUCAAUUAUCCCUCUUCAUCAAAUAUUGAUGCAAAACAUCCACAAAUUUCUACCAUUAACAAUAAUGGUUCUUCAUCAUCAGCAUCUGUGGAUUUGAAGAACAAGGAAAAGGGCCCAUACCCAUAUCCCGGAGGUGGAAUGAUGGGGCCAUACACUGGGAGGGAUCCCAAUGUGAAGAAGCCAGGGUGGUUGAGGCAGAAAGCUCCUCAAGGCGAACGAUUUGAAGAUGUAAAAGAAUCUCUGUCUCGCUUGAAGCUCAACACUGUUUGCGAAGAAGCUCAAUGUCCCAACAUUGGAGAGUGUUGGAAUGGAGGUGGCGAUGGUAUUGCAACAGCAACUAUCAUGGUUUUAGGUGAUACUUGUACCCGUGGCUGUAGAUUUUGUGCUGUUAAAACCAGCAAUAAACCUCCUCCUCCUGAUCCCUUGGAGCCACUUAACACUGCUCUGGCCAUUGCAAGCUGGGGUGUGGAUUACAUUGUUAUUACAAGUGUAGAUCGUGAUGAUCUACCAGAUGGAGGAAGUGGGCAUUUUGCCCAAACUGUUAGAGCUAUGAAGGAACUGAAGCCAGAGAUUAUGGUUGAAUGCUUAACUUCUGAUUUUCGUGGUGACCUAACGGCUGUAGAUACUCUGGUACAUUCAGGAUUGGAUGUGUUUGCCCACAAUGUUGAGACUGUUAAACGCCUCCAACGAAUUGUUAGAGAUCCUCGGGCUGGGUAUGAACAGAGUUUAUCAGUUUUGAAACAUGCAAAAAUCAGUAAGAAGGGAAUGAUAACAAAAACGUCUAUAAUGUUGGGUCUGGGAGAAUCUGAUGAUGAGGUGAAGGAAGCCAUGGCUGAUUUAAGGGCUAUAGAUGUUGAUAUUUUGACAUUUGGACAAUACUUACAGCCCACUCCAUUACAUUUAACUGUCAAGGAGUAUGUUACACCAGAUAAGUUUGCUUUUUGGAAAGAAUAUGGGGAGUCUAUUGGAUUCCGUUAUGUGGCGAGUGGACCUUUGGUUCGAUCCUCUUACAGAGCAGGAGAACUCUUUGUUAAGUCAAUGGUGACAGAAAGUGCUAAAGAAGCUGCUUCCAUAUCGUAG